UUUUUUUGACAAACUUGUGGGUAAUUGUGGUGAUGGACAAGAUAUCGGUGAAAAUUGUGCAGUUCUACCUUGUAAAGAAGGUUUAAGAUGUGAAAAUAUUAAUGGAACACCUACUUGUGUUUGA